AAAUCCAAACAGGCCCUAAGUUUGCCCUGCAUUCUGAGUCCCAGUUAGCUCCUCCUCUAAUUUCUCGGUAAGUUGCUUUCUAAUUGUAGCUGAGAGAGAGAGAGAGAGAAUGGGAGACGUUUUGGCUGAGCUGGAGGAGGUCCUCCGCUCCAAGCGCACUCAGGAUAAGAUUACUCCAAAAGAGGAGUUUUUGCUGCAGACUUGCAAGGCCAGGGCGAUUGGGGAUUUCACUGUCGGAGCUCUGGCUUCGUCGGCCGUCGUUUGGAUUGCAACUAGGCGUCUCACAUAUGGGCAAAGGUUCAACACAUCAGUGGGUUCUGCUAUUGUUGCUGGAAUGUGGAGAUUUAAUGGGUCCCUUAAUUCAUGUGUUAAUCAAAUCCUAGAACUUGAAGGAAGUCGGAUGCAGAGGGAGUUAGCACAGAUAAUCUUGACAAAGCACUAUAACAAUGCUUCAAGAAUGAAGCUUGUGAAGAAACAUUUCUAUUCUGAGGAAGUAUUCAGUGAUUCAAAUCCUGAUAAACCCUAUGUUAGAUGGAGAUUUCGGAAUAUAUACUACGAUGAUUCUGGUGCUCACAAGUCUGAAGAUGAUGAACCUUCCAGUUUCCAUGAGAAACCUGAUAGCCCACAAAUGAAGCAAUUCAUGCGGCAGAGUACAGCAGAUACGUUUGUAGAUCCUCUUGAUUUCAUUUUUGGGCACAGAGAAGAAGCAAACACAAACAUGGAGACCUCUCGCGCUGAUGACAGCACGGUGUCAAGGAAACGAUUGCGUGCACAUAAGAGAGCUCAUCGUCAUCAUCGAGCUCAGCAGGCGGUUUAAAGUAAUACCAAUUAUUGCACAACCAGUGAAAGUUCUUUGCUGGGAAAUGAAGGAUUACAUAGCAGGCAAUGAGAUGGUCCUUUGGAUUUCUUUUCUGGGUUACUCGAGUGACUUGGCUCCAUUUGAUCAGAGAGUAUGUUCAUUUUGUUCAACCUGAUCAUAGUGCCUGUACUUUUCCCAGAAAUUAUAAAAUGCAGUGACAUGAUUAAGAUCCUUAAGAAUCACUGAGAGUGGCCAAUUAUGAUUUGUCUAUCUUUUGUCGUUUACAAUCCUUGUCUACCAAGAAAUCAGCACAAAGUUUCUUGUUAUGAUUUAUGAAUAACAGAAAUAAAAGAGCGGGAAU